AUGUACAACAUGGCGCCAGGGACACGGCGCCGCCCGCCGCAGGGACACGGCGCCGCCCGCCGCAGGGAUGCCCUGCCGAGGCUCCCGCAGAGCCCCGCCGGGCUCCAGCGGCGACACUGGCCUCGCCUAUCGUUCUUCGGCACCCACCUGCCCGGUGCCGCGCUGUCUCCGGGACACGGACGCGGCCCUGCCCACACUGCAGCCGGGGCCCGCCCGGCCUUCGCUCAGGCCGCGCAGGCGCGGCUGCGGUCAGGGCGGGGAUCGGGGCUGAGGGGAGCGCCUGCCGAGGGCGGGCAGAAAUACAGCGCCCGGGGUGCAGCUCUGGUGCCCACAGCAGUGCUGCCCGUCAGCUCUGCACUCCGCCGGCGCUGCUCUCCAAAGCAGGUCCGUGCCCGUUCCCGAGGGCAGCGGGGCUCUUCGCCGCCUUUGUCCGGCAGCCAGAGGCACCCGGCGUGCCCGCAGAGGGGCCAAGCCCGCCUCCGUUCGCCGGCGAGCUUCGCUGCCCGCUCCUCCUCACCCUUAUUGAGCAGCCGUGUCAGUAGCCGACCUCUUCGUGCUGCUAUGCAGGCACAAGGUGCACGCUGUGUAGGCCAGGCUGGUGAACUGAUAGCAACAGUGUAGUAAAAAAGGUUAUCAUUUA